AUGCAAAUCAAGUUGAGGAAAACUGGUACUUUGUUCUAUGUGUGCAAUGCUGCAACAAAUGUGAAAGUGAACCAUUCAUGGUAUAUUGACAGUGGUUGUAGUAACCACAUGACAGGAGAUGAGGGACUUUUAGUCAACAUUCAAAGGAACUUGACCUCUAAAGUGAAGAUGGGAAUUGGAGAAGUAGUUCCAGUUGCAGGAAAAGGACUCUUAAAAUCUGCUAACCGUUGGGAAAAUGAUGGAACAUGGACAUGGCAUAAGAGAUUGGGGCACUUAAACGAAAGAAGUAUAAAAUUGCUUGAGAAUCAAGGCAUGGUUCAUGGCUUACCUCAUUUGGAGCAGAUUUCAGUAGUAUGUGAAGGCUACAUGCUAGGAAAGCAACACAGAGAUUCUUUCCCCUUGGAGUCCACUUGGAGAGCUACAAGUCCUUUGGAAUUGGUUCACACAGAUAUUUGUGGACCAAUGAAGACUGAAUCCAUUUAUGGAAAUAGAAAGUUCAAGGCUAUGACUGAGCUGCAAAGUGGAUAUAAGAUAAAAGGCUUGAGGAGUGACAGGGGUGGAGAGUUUUUAUCAGGUGAAUUUAACAAGUUUUGUGAUGAAUUCGGAAUUCAAAGGCAGCUAACUGUAGCAUACUCUCCUCAGCAAGACGGAGUAGCCAGGAGAAAGAAUAGAACAGUGGUGGAAAUGGCAAAAUCCAUGUUGCAUGAGAAGGGUAUUCCUUAUGAAUUUUGGGCAGAUGCUGUGAAUACUGCAGUCUAUUUACUAAAUAGAUGUCCCACCAAAUCUCUCAAGAAGGUAACACCAUUUGAAGCUUAUACUGGCAGAAAACUAGGAAUUGAACACUUAAAGAUUUUUGGAUCUCCUUGUCAUGUGCUCAUCCCUUCAGCAUUAAGGCAUAAACUGGAAGAAAAUAGCCACAAGUGUAUCUUUGUGGGUUAUAGACUCUGUGAAAAAGGGUACAGGCUAUUUGAUCCAAGAACUAGAAAGGUUAUUCUGUCCAGAGAUGUGCAGUUUGAUGAAAAUGGCUCAUGGAAGUGGGAGAAUACAAGUGCAGGAGAGAUGACAGUCCCUGUGCCUACUGAAAAUCAAGACUGUAAUCCAAGUCAGGACUUGGAUACACAAACUCAAAUAGAUGAAGGAAUCACACUACAAAAUGAACCAAGUCAAAGCUUGGAUACACAAACUCAAAUAGAUGAAGGUACUACUCUGCAAGAUGAAGGAAUAAGUGAAAGUUCUCAAGCUAUUGAUCACACACCAAAGAAAUGGAGAAGUGUUAAUGAAAUCAUGGCUCAAUGCAAUAUGUACAUUGUGGAACCUGAAAGUUUUGAAGAAGCUAAUCUUGAUGAGUCAUGGAAAAAUGCAAUGAAGGCUGAGCUGGAAAUGAUUGAGAAAAAUAAUACAUGGACACUAGGGGACAGACCUUUUGGCAAGCCAAUUAUUGGUGUCAACUGGGUCUACAAAACGAAGCUAAAUCUGGAUGGAUCUGUGCAGAAAAACAAGGCCAGACUUGUGGCAAAAGGCUACUCUCAGAAGCCUAGAAUAGACUAUAAUGAGACGUUUGCUCCAGUAGCAAGAUUGGAUACUAUUAGAACCUUGAUAGCUCUUGCUGCACAGAAGGAAUGGAAUCUAUAUCAACUGGAUGUCAAAUCUGCUUUUCUGAAUGGAGUUUUAAAGGAAGAGGUUUAUGUGGAGUAG